AUGGCAGACCUCCCACCGCAUCCUCAUAGUUAUGCUACCCAGGCCAUUUCAAUGACAGCAACGUCCGGUCAGUCUUCUGCCAACACUCCUGUACUUCAUCCGGCCCCGCCGUUUGUCACAACGUCGUCAAAGUCUGCGCUACCGAGAUUUGUUAAUAAAGGUCUGCAUCGAAUAACCGCCUUAAAGCCAUCUACGAAACCGCUGCAGAUCUCCUGGCCUAUGCAGCGUGAACAAAACCAUGGCUUGUCCAGCGCACAGCCCUACGAAGACACAGAGCCUGUGUUCGCGCCGCCACGUCCCGAGACCCAGCCUUCAAAGUCAGUCGUUGAUGCGAUCCGCGCAGGGACUGUGGUAGGUCAGCCCAAGGCCUACAGUGGGUUGAGUCGAAAAGCUCUUGGCAGUGCUUUCAAAAGGAUUGGAUCGAUAGCCAUCAAGAAUGGCAAGUCAGGUACAGGCUCCUCCGAACGCUAUCUAGACCUGCCAUCGGACCACCAACCACUCCUAGAUGUGACUCAGUUUUGGCCGAGCCAGGACACAGAUGACACAGAUGACACCAACCCAUCUCCUCUGCGAGAAGUGGCAAGCCCGUGGCUGCCUCCCUCAAUCAAGAGAUCUGUACAUCGGAUGUCGAUAGAGUCCACUAUUUCUAGCGAUGCGCCUCUCGACGAGACAGAGCAAGCACGAACAGCUCGGCAUCGUCAACGAACGUAUCAAGUAUUGGAUGGCGUGCUGCUGACGCCGUCUCACAACACAUCGUCGUCAGACUCAAGCAUGGAUGGCACAUUCAUUCAUGCCGCUCAAUUGGGAGCCUCAGAUCAACGUACAGCAUCUGUCAGGAGACUUGCAACAACUUUCUCGUCGAGACACAAGCCCAUACAGGCACUGCGGAAUUUGAGUUCAACCAGUACAGAAGAUAGCCCUUCCACAGAAUCACAUUCAGCCCAGCACAGAGUUGCCCACCCGAAGGAUGGUGUGUCGAGCAUGCUUAGCAGUGGAACAGCACGGAACAGUGAUCCCUCGGCUUCGGCCACGUCUACAACGUCAACGCCUCAAACAUCGAGUGACCGUGUCAGCAGAGGCACACAGACUCAUGUUGCCGUUGCCGCGCGCAGGCCGAUCCUAACCGAUGUGCCGUCGAAGAGCAUACCCCGCAACACGCAUAGCAAGCCGCCUCAGGUCAAUGGCAGCCUCCUGGAUAGCCCCACAAUACCUCCAGUCACAUUCAAGCCCACGAACAUGGAUACUGAACCUCGCGAAACACCCGGAUCUAUGCCAGAGAAGAAGUCUGAGACCUCUUCCAGCGACUCGUCUCUCGAAGCCAAGGCGUCGGUUCUGCGCCACGGCAAGCAGCUCAAGGUGUUGAAUGAAUUCGAGAUAGCCCACGCGGUUGAGAGUGCUCCUUCCGAAGCACUCAGUCAACUCUCCCUCGGGCUAUCAGCCGCGCAGAAGCAGGCACUCAAGCCCGUCCCGCUUCACCCACAUGCACGCAGACGUCCUGUCGCAGGGAAGUCAGCACCUGCGCAUGCACUCGAAGACUACGAAGUAACGCCGUCAGCACUUGCCAUGGAUACUCCAAGCGGGCAGCAGCUCCCCGAGCGCACGUCACUGACAGGCCAGCAUCGUCCCGAUCAAAUUCUAUAUGUCGCCAUGGAUCAACCGCCGCCAAUCCCGCCGCGAAGUGUUCUCCGCCCGAGAGCCUACAAGGAUGGUCUGUUGGAGCUCGUACUAGACCCCACGGACAGCAUAUGUGCGAACGAGACCAUGUCUCGAGUUCCCUCCCUGGCUGGACAAAGCCUAGAGACCGCCUCGCCGAGACACCAGCCCGUGUCCUGGUAUGACCAGGAGGUCGACAUAUUUGCCGCAUAUGGCCAAGUGGAAGAUGACGCGGCAGCGAAUCACCCUCUGCCACCGUCGCAAGAAGACGUCUUGAACAACGCAGGUGCUCUCUUUCCCGGCUCCAACUCUGGGUCCGAGUACAACAGACCCGCCGACGGUCACAAGGUUGGGGCAGACCUCCCCAUCUUCAGAACCAUCAUCGCCCCAAGGACCGAAACCAGUAGCUCCUCCACCUCCUCAUUCUCCUCGACGUCCAGCAAAAAGAACAGCGCAGCAGAGCGCAUGAAACUCGAGUUGCGCCGACGAAACAAACUUGCGCAAAUCCGGGGAGAAGACGUUGGUGAUGUGGAAAGACUCGAGUUGUGCAGACGCAGCAAAAUCGCGCAGAUCCUGGGCCCGGAAGCCGCCGAAGCCGACCAGCUGCGCGCCCAUGCACUACGGGAGGCAAGGAACGGGAAGAAGCGGACGGAGCAUAUACAGAGGGUGGUGAGGGGGGCGAAGGAGGAGUUUUUGAAAAAGGAAUUGCAGGAGCGGAGGCUGGAAAGGCGGGUGGAGAUCGAGCAGGAGAGCACUGAGCAGGAGAUCAGGAAGGCAGAGGAGUGGUCUGAUGACGAGUUCGAUGGGCUGAGGUAG